AUGAAGGAAAUUGGUUCGAGUCAUAACGAUUCUGCUAUAUAUAAUGCAGUGACAAAUCUUAUGCAAGACGAAGAACAAAAACUGUCCGAAAAUAAAAUUAGAGACUGCAUAAAUAAGGAAUAUUUUAGUGAGUUCAUUGAGAAAGAAGAGUCUCCUGCUGAAAACAUCAGAAAUGUUCCUGUCUCUUCAGCAGAAAUCAAUUCAAAUGAACACGAACACUUUACAUUACGAUCAUUAUAUUUUGCUUUCAUUGAACUCGAAACAUAUUCUUUAGUAUCGGAUAUAAUAUAUGAAGAAGAAGAGCCUGACUCCACAGAUGAUCUGUCAGAAAGUGCUUACAGUAUAGACUCAGAUACAACGUCAACUGAAGACGAACUUUCUGAUGAUAUGAACCAAAAUGAAAUAUUUGACGUGUCUGAUAUAGAUGAAAAUAUGUUAAUAACGGCUCAAUAUCAACCAGAAAAUAAUGAAACAUAUGAAUUGGCAUCAGUCACUGCAACUUCCACUUGCCCUGAUAUUGAAUCAUAUAUAUCAGAUUUGAUAAUAAAAUCGGAUACGAUGUCAAGUAUUUCUGACGAUCUGCCUGCGACAAGUUGGAACAAACACGUAGAUGAAAUUUCUGCAUUCAAUAAUUCUAGAGAAAGAGUCGAAGAAAAAAUUAUUCGAGUGCAACCUGAAAGUGAUCUUGGUUUAUAUCAAGAAACAGCAGAAAAUGAAUUGGACGUACUUCAAUUUGAUGAAAGAAAAUAUGAAGUAAACGCGAAUCUUUCGCAAGUUAAGGAUGUUGUGGGAGAUGCAAUUGGAUCAGAAAAACUUGAAGAAGAUUGUCCUGUUUCUAAUUGUUGGUGUAAUAAGUCUAUCGGAAAAAAAGACCUUGUAAUAUUGAGUAUAGUAGAAGUCGAGUUCUUCACGAAAGNAACAAGACCACCAAUCAUCAUCCCAGUGACCAAAUAUCAAAGGCCAACCUCAACAUCAUCUUCAGUCAUAUCUGAUGGCGAUUCUAGUCGCUUUAAGCCUACAAAUACGUCUACAACCUUAUCCCAUCACGAAUCUUCUUACGUUAUCACUGGAUCAGAGAAAACUAUUUCCUCGACUUCUCAAACACCCACUAAACUUCGUUCUUCGAGCACCGAAUCCUUUAGGCCUUCUCUAUUCGUUACAGAAUCAUCAAAUAGUGAAAGAACUCGAAGUCCCGAUAGCACAAAUGUUGAUAAAUUUAAAGGAAUGUGCUCACCUGUACAUUCGCGUACAUUGUUUUGGAAUUGGACUAAAGCGGGUGAAGUUGCUGUACAAAGAUGUCCAGGAGGUGCAAUAGGUAAAGCUUAUCUUUACAAUUAA